ACUUACACGACGCAGCUGUACUUCCUGUUAACUUUCAUUCACUUUGAGAAGAGAGUCGCUGUGGAAAAUGGAUUACGAUUAAAAAACAGCAAAACCAAUAGCAACAUAUCCACACUGUUGUCUUCUCUGGGUUCCAAUAUGGGAAUGCCCAGUGGAGGUGAAUGGUCGGAGGGCCUUGAGGAACACAUCUACUGCUGUAGUGCAGCGACUGAAGUGCUGAAGUUUGGGCAACUUGAUCUACGUCACACCAGCGACUGUGAAAGCUCUGCAAAUGUGCUUUUCCUAAUUAUACCAGGGAACCCAGGGAUUGUGGGCUACUACAAGACCUUCAUGCAAGCCUUGUACCAGACUUUGGACCACAAAUAUCCAGUGUGGGCUGUAAGCCAGGCCGGACACUGUUUGCCUCCAGACAGCAUGGAAAUGAUGGAAGAUACCGACAUCAUAGAGUUGGAGGAUGUCUUUGGACUGAAUGGACAAAUUGAACACAAACUGGCAUUCCUGAAGCAGUAUGUACCCAGAAACAUAAAGCUUGUGCUGAUUGGCCAUUCCAUUGGGUGUUACAUUAUACUGGAAAUGAUGAAAAGGGAUCCAGAUCUUCAGGUUCUGAAAUCUCUGCUACUUUUCCCAACUAUAGAGCGAAUGGCAUUGUCUCCCCAAGGCAAGCUCAUGACUCCUGUGCUGUGCAAACUGCGUUACGCUAUGUACGUCCCUGUCUACUUUCUCUCCUUCCUGCCAGAGAGCAUCAAAGCCUCCAUGGUGAGGUUAGUGCUGCGAGGCCUGCAGUCCCUGGAUGAAUCUUCUAUUCCUGCUUCUGUAACCCUGUUUAGUGUGGACUGUGUAGCAAACGUCAUGUAUCUGGGAAGUCAAGAGAUGGUGCAAGUUAUGGACAGAGAUAAUCCAACAAUCAAGAAAAAUCUAGACAAGAUCAUUUUUUAUUAUGGCUCUAAUGAUCAGUGGUGCCCAGAGCAGUAUUAUGAAGACAUAAAGAAGGAUUUUCCGGAAGGUGACAUUCGACUGUGUGAGAGAGGAAUUCGCCAUGCUUUUGUACUAAAUGCCAGCAAGGAAGUGGCAUCAAUGAUCACUGACUGGUUGCAUGCAGACCUUGCCAUCUUGUAGCACCACCAUAGUGGAAGCUUUGCUAGUUGCAGUUCUUGUGCUCCAGGCAUCCCUAUAAAAAAAAUCAGUGCACACAAAAAACAUGGUUAUCAAACCUGAUGUUCAAACCACACAAACUGUGUCGUGUUUUCAGAGCAAGCAAAGAACUGACUUAUUAAAAAAUAAAGCAUUCUCACAUUGAAAAGAAAUUACCGGUACAUGGCCUACAUUUUAGCAAAGGGAUUGUGUUAAUAUUUCAAGGUUAGUUUUAAAUGUUGUUUUGCAGUAUAUUAUAUCCAAAAACAAUAUGCUGAAAGACAAUAUCCAGUAUGUAAAUGUUAGAUACCAAUCCAUCAUUCAUAUUAAGGAAAUUUGUAUUAAAUGUAUGUAUAUGUUUUGUAGGUUUAUACAAAAAUGCAAGUAUCGCAAUGUAUCCAAAUGUGUGAUCAAUACAGUUCACGACUGAUGUCAGCUUCAGAGCUGUGACAGAAAUGAUGUCUUGUAUUAUUAUGAUGUAUAGUAAAACCUCUUUAAUGCAAAUAUGAAGAGAACAAAAACUAACUUUUACGUAAAAAUUAUUAGGUUUACUGUAAGUCAGCAUUUUAAAAUUGGUCAGUUUUUUGUUAAGUACUGUAUAUGGAAAACUACAAAGCGGUAUGCAAUUCAAUAUGUUGCCGUAACAUUAUCCAGCAGGUUUCAUUUGACUUUAUGAAACAAAAUGUGUUAAAUCUAGAGGGGGAUGCAAACCUUGUGGCUAUAGCUGAAGGUCUUUAUUAAUAAGAGCACUUCAUCUACCCCCCCCCCCCCCCCCCAAAAAACAAAAAUCACAUUUCAGACUUGAAGAAUCCUCAUUCCAAAUGUGUUCUAUGUUUUGUGGCCUAAAGUUCUGUUUUGGUUUUUGGCAUCAAAACACACUUAUAUGUGGAGCUGUUCUUUCAGCACCAGGAGCUGGAGUAUAGCACAACGUAAUACACUGGAAUUGUAAAAAAAAAAGAAAGAAAGAAAAGGGGGUGAUAUUGAAAGAACAGCACUGUGGCAACGAGAUUGCAAAUGAUGUGUGUGUACGUGGGGAGGGGAGAGUAUUUAUGUUCUUUUUAAGUCCACUCAAGAAAAAAGCUUUGAUCAUUCCACAUUCUUAAGAUAAAAUAAAAAACAUGUUUCUUCAGUGGCGUAUGACAAGACUUUUAUGAUGAUCAUAUUUUCUCAUCACACAGGCUAAUCUACAUACCCCCUCCCUCAUUUAAUUGGCAAAACAUCUGAAUAAAUCAUUAAAAGGGGAAGCUACAUUUAAAACCAGUUUUAUCACAAAAAAAUUCACCCCUAAAGCAUUAUAUUACCAUAAGAAAUUAUCACUCUACAUGUAAACCUCUCCUUUGAUAUUAAUGCAUUCAGGUCAAAACAUGUUAUCAGUAAAAUAUUUUUAUCAAUUCAAUUGAAACUACUGUUAAUUUGUAUUUAAGAAAAUGUUUCAGGAGCAAUAGAACUUUUUUUAAUAGCAUAAAUGUAAUACAAAACACAGAAGCUUAAAUAAAAUAAUCACAUGUAUUUGCUAUCCUGUUAGCCAUUCAUUUUUCUGGGUCACAAGCCAUGUGCCCCCAAUCAGUUGUAAUCUUUGGAAACAUGAGAAUUGUCAUGUUGAUAAAACAGUUUAAUGAACAAUAUAGGUAAGCAAUGCUGAUGGUGGCAGAAAAUAAUUUACUGUUAAUAGUAACAGGAGUGACAUUAUUUGUAAACAAAUACCAGGACUGACGUUUUUUAUUUUGUCACUCAAUGGAAAAGGCCAUUCAGCCUGCAUAUUCCACUGAUUAUGUGACAUUUGAAUCAAAUUUAAACCACAUUUACUCUUGUAUCUUCCAUCAAAAGUUAGAAAUUGAUUUUGAACCCUUUUUUUCCUUACCAGUAUGUUCUUUUUUUCAUAAGUAAGUUUCCCUUGUGGAAUAAUACCAAAAAAAAAAGAUUGUGUGUAAAAAGAUGGCGCACAGAAGAGCGGAUAGUGUUUUGUUGCUUCUGGCAAAGACUUCAAGAAAGUUAAAUUUGAACACAUGUUUCAAUGCAAAAUGUUAGCUCAUCAGUCUUGGCUUACAAAACUUAGUAACAUUCAGGGAAAACAUUCAAUACGAAACUCUCAAAGCAUGUGAGAAAUGUAGUAACCUUUGCGCUGUAAUAACCAUGUUCCUGAAAACUGUAAAUGCAAACAUUAUUGCUGCAAAUGAUCAAUAGCACUGAUAUAUAAAUACAAUUGAACAAAACAAGACUAAACUUUUGAUUCGGUAGAUAAUGCCCCAUGGCUAUGGAAACUAUAGAAAUUGAAAGGUUUCAUGUUAUACCACAGACCUUUUGUUACUAGACCAUCUAAAAAUGUAAAAUAUCUAAGCUAUUUCUGAAUGCUGACCUAUAAGAGGCCUUGUCACGCAAAAUAUGUAUUUCAUAGUUUUUGUUAUACAUAUGCAUUUGUUUUGUUUGUAAGUAAUUAAAAAAUAUGCCUAUAAAAAUUACUGUAUAUUCUAGAAACUGUUGGUCAGGUUUACUAAGCUAUUUCUUAAAACGUAUUAUUACAAACCCAACAUAAAACGCCUUUGAAUGUAUUUUAAAGAUACUAUGUGCAUGAAAGUGACCUGUCUUUAUUUCUUUUAUGCAAAAAACAAUCAUGGCUUGCAUACCAACACAAGUGCUGUACUUUUGUUCAUUAUAACUUCUUUAAUCUGUUGUAUCCAUGUUAGUUUAUUACUAGAUAGAGUAUCUAUGUGUGUGUGUGUGAGAGAGAGAAAGAGAGAUAUAUGCUGCGUGGAUAUCUCAACGCCAAGACUGGCAGAGAGAUUGACUGAAUCAGCACAGAGGGUGACAGCCACAUAAUUGGACAGAUCCCUUUGUACCACACACCCAUCACUACACGAGGAACAGCUAUGAAAGUGUAGUGAACAAGAGCGGAAAACAGGCCUGGGUCUGUACAUUAUUAAUGGCAGGAUCAGGGGGGAUUCUCUGGGUAGAUACACAUAAUACAGGUCAUCCCAGGGCAACAGUGUAGUAGACUACAUCAUUACUGACAUGGACCCAGAGUCUAUUAAUGCAUUUAUAGUCCAGCAACAGACCCCUCUAUCAGACCAUUGUCAAACAGUCCUGUAUCUAAAAAAAAAAUAAUUCCAACCUGAACCCCCCCCCCCCCCGCCAAAUUAUACAACCUCAAACCAGCCUAUUAAUGGACACAAAGCAGUGCUGAGGAAAACAAUGUAUAGUGCAGAAAUAAAAAAUAUUCUAAACAGCUUGCAAAACUCAGGAAAACAAAUGGAAAAAAAAUUCAAAUCACUUCAUAAGACUUUAUCCUAGAAAUAUUCCAGCUAGAAACUAGAAAACAAUCAAGAGAACUAUCCAACCAAAAACCCAGAGAACCCAACAAUACGGAAUUACGCCUCAGCUACUGCAAGACACUGAAACAUUAGAAACACAUUCAAAAUAAGAAAAAACAAGAAUAUGGGUCUAAAAAAUUAAGGACAACCAGAACCCAAUCGGAAAGCCUGUGGGCCCAACAGCAUCAACAAGAUGCUCAAACACAGCAGCCCCGGGCUUCAUGAGGCCCCGCUCAAAUUAUUCAACUUCAUUUUGAAUGCGGGCUGCUUCACUGACAUAUGAAACCAAGUUCUUAGAACUCCAAUUCACAAAAGUGGAGACAAAUUAGACCCCAACAAUUACUGAGGCAUCUGUGUGAGCAGUAACCUGGGGAAGGUGUUCUGCAGUAUCAUUAACACCCGAAUACUGGACUUCCUUACCGAGCACAGUGUCCUGAGUAAGUCAGAUUAGCUUUCUACCAAACCACCACACCUCUGACCAUAUUUACACCUUACACACCCUUAUCAACAAACAUGUCCACCACAAAAAUAAAGGAAAAGUAUUUGCUUGUUUUAAAGAUUUCCAUUUUUUUUUUUUUUUUUUGUAAUUGCUCUUAUUUUAAACCAUUCUCAUGCAUUUAUCGUACUUACUACAUGCUCUUACUGGACUUUACUUGUAUAAGCAAAUAUUUUUACUAUAAGUUAACUGCUCUUAGUUGAACUCAAUCUUAAAUUUAUUUAUUUACUGUAUUCUUUAUUUUGCUCUUAUUUGAAUUUGAUCUUAUUUGCUACUGAUUUUAUGAUACUUUAUAACUGCUCUGUAAUGUGAGAUUUUGUAAUGUGAUACUUUGUACUGUGAUAUUUUGUAACAAUUGCAAGUCGCCCUGGAUAAGGGCAUCUGCUCAGAAAUAAAUAAUAAUAAUAAUAAUAAUAAUAAUAAUAAUAAUAAUAAAAGCAUUUGACUCAA